UUUACAGCUCUUACCUUUACCGCCGAACCCCAAGACACAGUUGUACCGGAAGGUCAUUCUGCUCUACUGCAAUGCGUCGGCAUAGCACAAUUUGGUAAAAAGAAAGUCUUACCACAUAUACGAUGGCGUGGUCCCGAUGGCCAAGAUUUGGGUAUCGUAGGCGACACUUUUCGGAAUCAAUUAAAAAACGGUUCUCUGUACAUCAGCUCGGUGGAAGAGAACCGAGGAUUAACGGGGUCUUAUCAGUGCCUACUGUCAGUAGAAGGUAUUGGCACUAUAGUCAGCAGACCAGCUAUUAUAUCGAUAGCGCGUUUACCUGAUUUAAAUCAAGAUUUCAUUGAAACUUAUUUACUGCCAGGCCAAACGGCCUAUUUCCGUUGCAUGAUUGGUCAGUUGCAAAGCGGUAUUAAGCAUUCAGUGCAAUGGUUUAAAGAUGAGUUGCCAUUACAAGUGGAUAAGCUGCGUAUGGUUAUACUUCCGAAUGGUGCUUUAGAAAUUGAUGAAGUAAAAUAUGGCGAUCGUGGUGUUUACCAAUGCAAUGUCACUUCAGGCGGAGUGUCACGUUUAAGUAGUAAAACACAUUUAAAUAUAAAAAAACUCAACGAUGCUAGUGAAAGUCCGGUUGCUCCCUCAUUUCUCGUUGGCCCUUCGCCUCAAACCGUGAAAGAAGGUGAUGUGGUUACCUUGGAUUGCGUAGCCAACGGAAUCCCUAAACCUCAAAUCAAAUGGUUGCGCAAUGGUGAAGAAUUAGAUUUAAAUGAUUUAGAUUCGCGUUUUUCGAUCAUAGGAACCGGUUCGCUACAAAUAUCUUCAGCCGAAGAUAUUGAUUCGGGUAAUUAUCAAUGCCGCGCCAGCAAUACCGUCGAUUCAUUAGAUGCCCAAGCCACUGUACAGGUGCAGGUACCUCCUAAAUUUAUACAGAGUCCACGCGAUAAAAGUGCCUACGAAAAAGAAGAGUUAGAAUUAGAGUGCGCAAUACGAGGAAAACCGAAACCUAUAAUUAGAUGGUUAAAGAAUGGCGAUGCGAUUACACCGAACGAUUACAUGCAAAUGGUCGGCGGUCACAAUUUAAGAAUAUUAGGCCUUUUACAAUCGGAUGCUGGUAUGUUUCAAUGUGUCGGCAUUAAUCCAGCCGGUAGUGUGCAAGCAGCUGCACGUUUAAGAAUUAUACAACCAGGCAAAUUAUUAAAAAUGAAAAAUUCCCGUAAAUCUCAAUCGCAAACAAUGAAAUCAUUGCAAACUGAAAAAGAGAAAAAUCGUAAAUUUAAUAAAUUCCAACAAAGUGCAUUACGUACUAAAUCUGGUAGUGCCAGUGGUGGUGAUAGUGUUAGUGGCAAUUCUAUGGAAUCCACACGAAACAUUUCAAAAAGUGCUUUAGACAGUUUACUCUCACAAAAGGGUAAUAAAAAAUUUCCCAAAAUUUCCGAGCAACCAUUAAAUGAUCGCGAUUACGAGGCAUUUAAUGGCGACAGUAACGACGACUUAGAAGACAAUGAUGAUGAUUUAUUACCCAUUAGUAUACAUGAUUAUGAUAAGUCAUUGCAAAACGAUAAUAAAAGCAAUAAUAAUGACGAUUACGAUGAUAAUGAUGAUAAUGAUGAUAUUGACGACGACGAUGACGAUGAUACUGGGACAAAUCAGGAAUACAUUAUUGCGUAUAAACAUGGUGAUGAUCCAAAUAAAAUUUUAAAUUCUUGGUCAAAUAAAAAGAAAUUAACAAACUACAACAACGAUGACAAUUAUCCUGCUUCUUCACCUAUUUCCAAUUUACCACAACAAACCUCCUCCUAUUCAUCUAUAGAUUUAGAGCAUCUUGAGAAUUCUGGCAUUGAUGCUGGCACUAAUGUUGAUAGUAGCACCGCCACAAAGUCGUCCACAAAGGCUAAUGCAGCGCUAAUGAAUCGCUUACCAGGACCACCCAGAAAUCUAGCCGCGCAAAUUAUUAAACCACGAUUCGUGACCAUAAGUUGGUCAGCGCCCAUGAAAAAUUCCGACGAAGUGGUCUCAUAUACCGUAUACUACAAGAUGAGCAGUAGCGAGAGGUAAGUUCAAAUAGCUUAUACUUGUUUUCAAAUAAUUCUAAUCAGUUUCGAUUAUCUAUCUAUAAAAGAGAAAGAAAGUCAACUAGCAUAGCAUGUGUUGAGAUCCGAAACAAGAGCAUAGAUGAAUAGCGAAAAUCUUUCAAUUUUUUGUUAUUAUGUUCCGACAAAAACCAGUUGAAAGUAUUGUUUUGGCACAUUAAAUAAAGGUGGAAAAUUUG